AUGGACAGAUUGUCAUUGGAGCUGCAGACGCAGAUAUUCAAUAGUCUCCUUGAAGAUGUGACUGCAGCGGUGACGAGAAUGGCUAAUUUCCAUCAUAGGUGGAGCAACAUAGAUGAUUACGGGCCGCCGCUGACGCAGAGCCUGACCAACCUCCGGAAUCUAUCCCUCACGAACCGUUCAUUGAAAGCAGUCACAGACCCUUUCUUGAACCGAGCACUGGAAGAUACAUUGAGGCGCGCCGUCAAAGUAGCCCCCUGGCAGUACAUCGAGGCGCAAAAUUCAGGCCAAGUAGCUGUGGAUAAUGUUCUGGCUCGACUCAUGUCUGCGAAUAUCUUCCGAAAUGAUCAUGUAGUAAAUCUUGGCCGACUUGCGGAGCAUGAAGAUCGACUACUUUUCGAUUACUUGGAGUCGAUAUGUGUUUUGCCAGAGCCAAUCCGCCGAUGGGCGGUCCGAAUGACGGCCCCAAAAGAGCUGUAUACUUUUCCUCCUGGUGAUCUGCCGUUCGAUAGAAACGGUAGCAUUGCCCACCAUAUGAAUUGGAAGCGACCGUGGGAGUCUCUCUGGACAAUCAAAGAUUGGCUGGAGCCUCACAUAAACCCUGAAGCUCGCUAUCAUUGGUUUCGAAGAACCGAAAAUCGUCGUCACUCUUAUGGACGUGAAGACGUCGGCUUUUUGCUCAACAAGGAAAUUUCCCAUAGACUCCACGAGGGGUUUUAUCAAGGAUUGCUAGCCUUGCUAAAAGCUUUCAAUCCAGAAGCAGUGAUUCUUGGAUGGAACCAGACUAUCAAACAGGUCGAUAUAGCUGCGGAGACCCCGGAAAAAUACUGGGCAAAGACGCAAACAGCGAGAUUAAAGGCAACGGAGAUCGGCGCAAAGGAGAAGGUGGCAGCACAGAAAGCACUAGGCAGGAAGAAGGCACAUAUUGAUGCGGUAAGUAUGUGGGAAGCCGCAGAGGCCACGGCCAGUGAGAAGAAACUGGCAGCCCAGGGGAAAGUCGCAAAGUGGGAAGCAAUCGAGAAGAAAAUGUUGCAGCAGGUAUCAGCGCUGGAGGAAGCAGCGGCACAAAAGGCGGCAGAGCGACAAGCAACAGAGGCGCGAGCAGUAGAAGAGCAAGCAACCGGAAAACUAAGGACAGAAGGGCAAGCAGCGGCGAAAGACGAAGCCAGCGAGAUUGCAGCGAAUGACAAGGGGAAAGCUACGGAGAAGAAAAUUUCAAAGGAGGGAGCAAAGGACGGAUCGAUCACUGAGGGAUAUAGGGUCGAAAAGCCAAAGCGCAAGCAGAAGAGGUACCUGUAUGAGAGGUAUAAGUACUGA